AUGACGGUUUCGGACAAGAGUUCACUGAAGAUCUUGAAGCUUCAUGCACAUGUGCUGCUCGUGAAUGAUCGAAUUCGCAAAGAACUGAAGAAACUGAAUUACGAUUCUACCACUAUUCUCCACCAGCUGAACUAUGUAAUUGCACAGGAAGCAGAUGACAUUGACAGGUGA